AAACAUUUUCAGGUGACUUGGAGAAGCAAAAGAAAAUGACAGUCCUUCUAGGUAUUAUGAGAGACCACCUGGCAAAGAAAGAUGCAAGUAUAGCUGGAGCUCUGGCAAAACGGGCAUGAUGAUGGUCUUCACUUGGAUGCUAUUGUUAAGUUCAGGAGUUCUGGCAACUACUACAGAUACAAGAUCUACAACCACCACUACAACUGAGUUUACUACAACACCUGAACCUACCACCUAUACAAGAUCUACAACCACCACUACAACUGAGUUUACUACAACACCUGAAACUACCACCUAUCAAACUAUAGGCGAUGUACUACUUGUGCAACUCACGAAUGGGCCAAACAGAUGUGCAGGUCGUGUUGAAAUAUUUUAUUUUGGAAGCUGGUAUAAAGUUUGUGGCUCUUUAUGGGAUAUGAACGAUGCACGGGUUUUGUGCAGACAACUUAAUUGUGGCUCAGCUGUUGCUGCGUUGAGAAAUUCCUAUUAUGGUGAAGGCUGGUUAUAUCCUCUGAUGACAGCAGUGAACUGCACUGGCUCUGAACAUUUUUUAUGGGAGUGUCCUUAUCAACAUUGGCCCCGUUCAUGUGACUAUUAUGGGGAUGCCAGUGUGAUAUGUUCAGAUUCUGGAGUGACAGCACCUCCAGAAAGAGGUAAGUCCGAAUUUGAGCUAAGCUGUAAAUGGUUUAUAGACCUGACCCUGCAGGGUGAUACAGAAUACCAAAGAAAUGGGGGUCAGCCAAUCCCUACAGAAUGGGCUGAAAACUCAUACAGCCUCAGAUUGGUGAAUGGAAGCAAUAGAUGUGAGGGGCGCAUAGAAAUUUAUCACAAUGGAAACUGGGGGACAGUUUGUGAUGAUUCGUGGGAUCAAAGAGAUGCCCAGGUUGUGUGCAGGCAGCUUGGAUGUGGCCUGGCCGCUUCAGCGCCAGGAAAUGCAUAUUUUGGCCAAGGCUCAGGAUCUAUUCACCUGGACGAUGUGCAGUGUUCAGGGAAUGAGUCAUUCCUCUGGCAAUGUCCUCACCGUGGAUGGGGCACACACAACUGUGCUCAUGGUGAAGAUGCUGGUGUCAUCUGCUCAGCUACCACUACAACAACGCAGACGCCUGGAACAGGGAACUAUUCCUGUGGUGGAUUGCUGACACAAUCAUAUGGCACAUUUUCCAGUCCAUUCUAUCCUGGAAACUAUUCAAAUAACAUGAAUUGUGUGUGGCGAAUCCAAGUAUCCUCGGGCCGCCUCAUAAAUCUCACGUUUACGGAUGUUCAGCUGGAAGGUGAUUCUUGCCAAUAUGAUUACAUUGAGGUCUAUGAUACAGGCUUUUAUGGGCUCACGUUACUUGGGAGAGUGUGUAAUGAUUCCAUGCACACGAUUACAUCGCUCUCAAACAAACUGAUGGUUCAGUUUCACAGUGAUGGUAGUGUCACAAGAAGAGGUUUCCGGGCAGUAUAUUAUUCAUUUCUCGAAUAUGACAAUAGUACCAGCCUCAGAUUGGUGAAUGGAAGCAAUAGAUGUGAGGGGCGCAUAGAAAUUUAUCACAAUGGAAACUGGGGGACAGUUUGUGAUGAUUCGUGGGAUCAAAGAGAUGCCCAGGUUGUGUGCAGGCAGCUUGGAUGUGGCCUGGCCGCUUCAGCGCCAGGAAAUGCAUAUUUUGGCCAAGGCUCAGGAUCUAUUCACCUGGACGAUGUGCAGUGUUCAGGGAAUGAGUCAUUCCUCUGGCAAUGUCCUCACCGUGGAUGGGGCACACACAACUGUGCUCAUGGUGAAGAUGCUGGUGUCAUCUGCUCAGCUCCCACUACAACAACACAGACGCCUGCAUCAGCAAGGCCUUCUUGUGGUGGUUUACUUUCAAAUUCAUCUGGGACAUUUCACAGCCCAUUCUAUCCUGGAAAUUAUGCAGGCAAUGCCAACUGUGUAUGGGAAAUACAAGUAAUGAACAAUUACCGUGUAACGGUCACAUUCAGAGAUAUUACGUUGGAAGGUGGUCAAUGCCAAUAUAACUACAUUGAAGUGUAUGAUGGACCAUUGUAUACCUCUCCAUUGCUUGGGAGAAUUUGUUAUGCUUCUGUUAUCACCUACACAUCGUCCUCAAACUUGAUGACUGUUCGGUUUCACGGUGACUACAGCUACGCAGCCAGAGGGUUUUCGGCUGACUAUUACUCCAUUCCAGCAGAUCAGAAUACUACGCUCCUGUGCUUGCCAGAAUACAUGAAGGCAGUUGUUAGCAGAGCCUACCUCAGUUCACAAGGCUACUCUGCAUGGGAUGUCAGCUUGAAUGACCCUUCUUGUAGACCAACAAUUACACCAUACUAUGUUAUUUUUGAUAUACCAUACACCCGCUGUGGCACCAGAAGAGAGGGAGACAACAAUACAAUCACUUAUACCAACCAGAUCACAGUAACCUCUUCUGGUUACAUAAUCAAAAGACAAAAGGACCUUCAUGUGCAUGUCAACUGCAAAAUGCUCCAGAACACCUGGGUACAAGUUAUGUAUGUUGCUGACAAUGUUAUUGAGGUCAACGAAACUCAGUACAGCAGAUACAAUGUGAACCUGACAUUUUAUAGAUCAUCAUCAUUCUCACAGCCAGUCUAUGACUGGCCAUACUACGUUGAUUUAAACCAGAAUCUAUUCCUUCAAGCGUAUCUUCACAGCUCUGACUCGAAUCUGGUGUUGUUUGUGGACACGUGUGUAGCAUCCCCUGAUCCCAAUGAUUUUACAACUACAUCAUAUGAUUUAAUCAGGAAUGGCUGCAUUAGAGAUUCUACGUACAGGACAUACUACUCAGGCUACAAUUACAAGGCCCGGUUUAAAUUUAAUGCCUUCCAUUUUAUUAACUGGCAUCCAUCUGUUUACUUGCAAUGCCAGAUGGUGGUGUGCAGGGCAUAUGAUUAUUCCUCCCGUUGCUACCAGGGCUGCCUCUCUCGGUCCAAGAGAGAUACCGGCUCUUCUCAUGAAAAAGUGACUGUUGUUGUUGGCCCGAUUCAGCUUCGGAGAGAUGGCAGCCAGAACAGGAAUGCUGAACCGGACUUUUCAGACCAUCAGAAAAAUGUGGAUACGGAUAAUUCAUUUAUUGCUCCUGUUGAAAAUCACUUCGUUCCAUUUGUUGUUGCUGCUGCGGUCCUGGCAGUUGCAGUUAUCACUCUUGCUGGGUUUCUUUUGAAAAACAAAAUGGAGAAGAAAGAGGUUCCCUACAAGAUAAUGAUUGCCCAGAGGGAUCAGGUGCUAACACAACCACAAUUUCACCAUGGUUCAAUGCAACAGGUAAUUCUUGUAUGUCGUCAUACUACAGGCACUUCUGACCCAUGGGCACCUACCACAGGAACAACCAUCCGACUGGUGAAUGGAAGGAACAGAUGCGAGGGCCGUGUAGAAAUCAGUUACAAUGGAGCCUGGGGGACGGUUUGUGAUGAUUCCUGGGAUUUCAGCGAUGCUGAGGUUGUGUGCAGGCAGCUUGGAUGUGGCUCCGCCCUUUCCUCCCCACAAAGUGCCUACUUUGGUCAAGGCUCUGGGUAUACACCUGGAAAGGAGUCCUAUCUCGGCCAAUGCCCUCACCGGGGCGGGGAAAGCCAUAACUGUGGACAUAGUGAAGAUGCUGGUGUCAUCUGUUCAGGUGCUUAUGCAACCAGCACAACCACAAGGCCGACAUGGGCUACGUCAAGAGGUCGUCAUACUACAGGCACUUCUGACCCAUGGGCACCUACCACAGGAAUAACCAUCCGACUGGUGAAUGGAAGGAACAGUUGCGAGGGCCGUGUAGAAAUCAGUUACAAUGGAGCCUGGGGGACGGUUUGUGAUGAUUCCUGGGAUUUCAGCGAUGCUGAGGUUGUGUGCAGGCAGCUUGGAUGUGGCUCCGCCAUUUCAUCCCCGCAAAGUGCCUACUUUGGUCAAGGCUCUGGGUAUAUUCACCUGGAUGAUGUGCAGUGCAGAGGAAAUGAGUGCUAUCUCUGGCAAUGCCCUCACCAGGGCUGGGGAAGCCAUAACUGUGGACAUAGUGAAGAUGCUGGUGUCAUCUGUUCAGGUAUACCCCGAAUAACCAUCCGACUGGUGAAUGGAAGGAACAGUUGCGAGGGCCGUGUAGAAAUCAGUUACAAUGGAGCCUGGGGGACGGUUUGUGAUGAUUCCUGGGAUUUCAGCGAUGCUGAGGUUGUGUGCAGGCAGCUUGGAUGUGGCUCCGCCAUUUCAUCCCCGCAAAGUGCCUACUUUGGUCAAGGCUCUGGGUAUAUUCACCUGGAUGAUGUGCAGUGCAGAGGAAAUGAGUGCUAUCUCUGGCAAUGCCCUCACCAGGGCUGGGGAAGCCAUAACUGUGGACAUAGUGAAGAUGCUGGUGUCAUCUGUUCAGGAAUAACCAUCCGACUGGUGAAUGGAAGGAACAGUUGCGAGGGCCGUGUAGAAAUCAGUUACAAUGGAGCCUGGGGGACGGUUUGUGAUGAUUCCUGGGAUUUCAGCGAUGCUGAGGUUGUGUGCAGGCAGCUUGGAUGUGGCUCCGCCAUUUCAUCCCCGCAAAGUGCCUACUUUGGUCAAGGCUCUGGGUAUAUUCACCUGGAUGAUGUGCAGUGCAGAGGAAAUGAGUGCUAUCUCUGGCAAUGCCCUCACCAGGGCUGGGGAAGCCAUAACUGUGGACAUAGUGAAGAUGCUGGUGUCAUCUGUUCAGGAAUAACCAUCCGACUGGUGAAUGGAAGGAACAGAUGCGAGGGCCGUGUAGAAAUCAGUUACAAUGGAGCCUGGGGGACGGUUUGUGAUGAUUCCUGGGAUUUCAGCGAUGCUGAGGUUGUGUGCAGGCAGCUUGGAUGUGGCUCCGCCAUUUCAUCCCCGCAAAGUGCCUACUUUGGUCAAGGCUCUGGGUAUAUUCACCUGGAUGAUGUGCAGUGCAGAGGAAAUGAGUGCUAUCUCUGGCAAUGCCCUCACCAGGGCUGGGGAAGCCAUAACUGUGGACAUAGUGAAGAUGCUGGUGUCAUCUGUUCAGGUGCUUAUGCAACCAGCACAACCACGAGGCCAACAUGGGCUACGUCAAGAGAAAGUUAUUCUUGUGGUGGCAUACUUUCAAAUUCAUCUGGGACAUUUCACAGCCCAUUCUAUCCUGCAUAUUAUCCAAACAAUGCCAACUGUGUAUGGGAAAUAGAAGUAAUGAGCAAUUUCCGUAUAACUGUCAUGUUCAGAAAUAUUAUGAUGCAAAGUAGUCAGUGUCGAGAUGAUUACAUUGAGGUGUACGAUGGGCCACUAUAUACAUCUCCAUUGCUUGGGAGAAUUUGUUAUGGUUCCACUUACACUUUUACGUCAUCCUCAAAUUUGAUGACCGUUCGAUUUCAUAGUGACUACAGCUACGCAAACAGAGGGUUUUGGGCUGACUAUUACUCCACACCAGCAGAUCAGAAUACUACGCUUCUGUGCUUGCCAGAAUACAUGAAGGCAGUUGUUAGCAGAGCCUACCUCAGUUCACAAGGCUACUCUGCAUGGGAUGUCAGCUUGAAUGACCCUUCUUGUAGACCAACAAUUACACCAUACUAUGUUAUUUUUGAUAUACCAUACACCCGCUGUGGCACCAGAAGAGAGGGAAACAGCAAUUCGAUCAGCUACUCCAAUAUGAUAAAAGCAAAUCCUUCUGGCAACUUUAUCACAAGACAAAAUGAUCUUCAUUUGCGUGUCACCUGCAAAAUGCUCCAGAAUUCCUGGAUACAAGUAAUGUAUCUUGUUGAUGCCAAAAAUGUUACAGAGGUCAAUGAAACUCAGUACAGCAGAUAUGAUGUGAACCUUACAUUUUAUAGAUCAUCAUCAUUCUCACAGCCAGUCUAUGACUCGCCAUACUACGUUAACUUGAACCAGAAUCUAUUUCUUCAAGCUAAUCUUCACAGCUCUGACUCAAAUCUGGUGUUGUUUGUGGACACAUGUAUAGCAUCUCCUAAUCCCAAUGAUUUUACAACUGUGAUCUAUGACAUAAUCAGGAAUGGUUGCAUUAGAGAUUCUUCCUACACUACAUACUAUUCACCCUACAGUUACAUGGCCCGGUUUAAAUUUAAUGCCUUCCAGUUUAUUGGCAGACAUCCAUCUGUUUACCUGCAGUGUAAGAUGGUGGUGUGUAGGGCAUAUGAUUAUUCCUCCCGAUGCAACCAGGGAUGUCUCUUUCGUUCCAAAAGAGGUGCCAGACAUUACCAGAAACAAAUAGAUGUAGUCGUUGGACCCAUUCAGCUUCAGAGUGAUGGCAUCAAAAAUAGGAAUGCUGGGAAUUCUGGCAAGAUGGACACUGCCACAAUCCUCACUUUGACGUUACUGUUGAGUCCAGGAAUCCUGCAGGCUUCCACAGGUGACAGGCUCCGACUGGUGAAUGGAAGGCAUGCAUGUGAGGGGCGUGUAGAAAUUAAUCAUAAUGGAUCCUGGGGAACAGUUUGUGAUGAUGAAUGGGACCAAAAUGAUGCUCAAGUUGUCUGCAGGCAGCUUCAAUGUGGACGGGCCAUUUCAGCACCAGGAAGCGCCCGUUUUGGUCCAGGCACUGGGAAUAUUUUCCUUGAUGAUGUGGCAUGCAGAGGGGAUGAAAUCUCUCUCCAGCAGUGUAGACACAGAGGGUGGGGCUUACACAACUGUCAACAUGGAGAAGAUGCUGGCGUCAUCUGUUCAAGAGUUGCCAGUACACAUACUCCAACACUACAUAGAACUAAUAUCCUCACCUCGCCUAUUAUGAGUACCCCAGUGCCAUCUAGUAUGACUGACAUCAGCCUGCUUUUUACAAGGACCCCAGCACAGACAGAGGUGUUCAGCACACGUACCCUGGUUCCAUCCAUGACAGGAAAAUAUUCUUGUGGUGGCUUACUUUCCAGCUCAUCUGGGGAGUUUACUAGCCCAUUUUAUCCUGAAAAUUAUCCAAACAGUGCUGAUUGCAUAUGGGAAAUACAAGUAGAAAGCAAUAGCCGUGUAACACUCACUUUCAGAGAUGUUGUGAUACAAGGAGUUGGAUGCCAAUAUGAUUACAUUGAAGUGUAUGAUGGACCACUAAAUACCUCUCCUUUGCUUGGGAGAAUUUGUCAUGGCUCUAUUUUCAUCUACACAUCAUCCUCAAACUUGAUUACCGUUCACUUCCACAGUGACAACAGCUACACAAGCAGUGGGUUUCAUGCUGACUAUUACUCUACACCAGAAAAUGACAAUACUACACUUGUGUGCAUGCCAGAACACAUGCAUGUGGCAAUUAGCAGAGACUAUCUCUACUCACAUGGCUACUCUACAGAAUAUAUCAGCUUGAAUGACCUUUACUGUAAACCAAAGAUGACAUCAUACCUUGUCGUAUUCGAUAUACCAUACAAUGGCUGUGGCACAAGGAGGGAGGGAAACAACAAUACUAUCACCUACGCUAACCUAAUCAAAGCAACCUCUUCAGGUAACACAAUUAAAAGACAAAAGGAUCUUCACUUGCAUGUCAACUGCAAAAUGCUCCAGGACACCUGGAUAAAAGUCAUGUAUCUUGCUGAAGAUGUUAUAGAGGUCAACGAAACUCAAUACAGCAGAUAUGAUGUGAACCUGACUUUUUAUGAAACAUCGUCAUUCUCACAGCCGAUCUACGACUCUCCGUACUAUGUUGAUUUGAACCAGAAUUUAUACCUUGAAGCUUAUCUUCACAGCUCUGACCCAAACCUGAUAAUGAUUGUGGAUACAUGUAUUACAUCCCCCGAUCCCAGUGAUUUUACAACAGUGACAUAUGAUAUAAUCAGGCGUGGGUGUGUUAGAGACUCUUCCUAUGCUACAUACUAUUCACCCCACACACACAUGGCCCGGUUUAAAUUUAAUGCCUUCCAGUUUAUUGGCAGACAUCCAUCUGUUUACCUGCAGUGUAAGAUGGCGGUGUGCAGGAGAGAUGAUUAUUCCUCCCGCUGCUACCAGGGCUGUCUCAGUCGUACCAGGAGAGAAACUAGCUCUUCUGAGGAAGAACUAUCUUUUGUUCUUGGGCCACUGAAGCUUCGAAAGAAGAACUGGGCCCAACAGAUCUGCUGGAAGACAUGGAUUCCCAUCGUUCAUUUAUUCCUUCUGCUGAUAAUCUCCGCUUAUAGUUAUUACAGUCCACUUAGAGUUAUUACCAUGGACCUAGCAAUUAUCACUCUUGCUAGUUCUCUUUUGGGAAGCAAAUUCAAGAAAGAGAUUCUUUAUGAGAUGAUGAAGAGAGAUGUAAAGGACAUAGGAAGAAUUUUCAGCACAAGUACCCCAGCACUGCCUAUAAUAAGUAACAUUACACUGCGUACUAUGAGUCCCCCAGCACCGCCUAUACUGAGUACCAUUGGACAGCCUAUUACAAGUACCCCAGGACCGCCUACACUGAGUACCAUUGGAUGGCCUACUACAAGUACUUCAGCACCGCCAAGAGUGAGUAACAUUACACUAGCUACUAUGAGUCCCCCAGCACCGCCUAUACUGAGUACCAUUGGACAGCCUAUUACAAGUACCCCAGGACCGCCUACACUGAGUACCAUUGGCUGGCCUACUACAGCUACUAUGAGUCCCCCAGCACCGCCUAUACUGAGUACCAUUGGACAGCCUAUUACAAGUACCCCAGGACCGCCUACACUGAGUACCAUUGGCUGGCCUACUACAGGUACUUCAGCACCACCAAUAGUGAGUAACAUUACACUGCGUACUAUGAGUCCCCCAGCACCGCCUAUACUGAGUACCAUUGGACAGCCUAUUACAAGUACCCCAGGACCGCCUACACUGAGUACCAUUGGAUGGCCUACUACAAGUACUUCAGCACCACCAAUAGUGAGUAACAUUACACUGCCUACUAUGAGUCCCCCAGCACCACCUAUACUGAGUACCAUUGGACAGCCUAUUACAAGUACCCCAGGACUGCCAAUACUGAGUACCACUGGAUGGCCAAUACUGAGUACCACUGGAUGGCCUAUUACAAGUACCCCAGGACCGCCUACGCUGAGUACCGUUGGAUGGCCUACUACAAGUACUUCAGCACCGCCAACACCAAGUAACAUUACACUGGCUACUAUGAGUCCCCCAGCACCGCCUAUACUGAGUACCAUUGGACAGCCUAUUACAAGUACCCCAGGACCGCCAAUACUGAGUACCACUGGAUGGCCUAUUACAAGCACCCCAGGACCGCCUACACUGAGUACCAUUAGAUGGCCUACUACAAGUACUUCAGCACCGCCAAUAGUGAGUAACAUUACACUGCCUACUAUGAGUCCCCCAGCACCGCCUAUACUGAGCACCAUUGAACAGCCUACUACAAGCACCCCAGCACCGCCUAUACUGAGUACCAUUGGACAGCCUACGAUGAGUACCUCAGCACCUCCUAUAAUCAGUAACAUUACACUGCCUACUAUGAGUACCCCAGUGCCACCUAUACUGAGUACCACUGGAUUGCUUGCUACGACUACCCCACCACUGCCUAUAAUGAGUACCACUGGGCUGCCUGCUAUGAGUACCCUAGCACCACCUAUAAUGAGCACCAUUACACUGUCUAGUAUGAAUACCCCAACUCUGCCUAUUAUGACUACCAUUAGACUGCCUACUAUGAGUACCCCAGUACCGCCUAUGAAUACCAUUGCACUGCCUACUACAACAAAUUAUUCUUGUGGUGGCUUUCUUGCCAACUCAUCUGGGGCAUUUACUAGCCCAUUCUAUCCUGGAAAUUAUCCAAACAGUGCUGCUUGCAUAUGGGAAAUACAAGUAGACAGCAAUAGCCAUAUAACACUCGUUUUCAGAGAUGUUGUGAUGCAAGGAGUUGGAUGCCAAUAUGAUUACAUUGAAUUGUAUGAUGGACCACUAAAUAUAUCUCCUUUGCUUGGGAGAAUUUGUCAUGGCUCUGUUUUCACCUACACAUCAUCCUCAAACUUGAUGACUGUUCGCUUCCACACUGAUGACAGCUAUACAAGCAGUGGGUUUCAUGCUAACUAUUACUCCACACCAGCAGAUCACAAUACUACACUUGUGUGCAUGCCAGAACACAUGCAUGUGGCAAUUAGCAGAGACUACGUCCACUCACAAGGCUACUCUACAAAGGAUAUCAGCUUGAAUGACCUUUACUGUAAACCAAAGAUCACACCACACUAUGUCAUAUUCGAUAUACCAUAUAAUGGCUGUGGCACAAGGAGGGAGGAAAACAGCAAUAUUAUCACCUACACUAAUCUAAUCAAAGCAACCUCUUCUGGUAACACAAUCAAAAGACAAAAGGAUCUUCACUUGCGUGUUAACUGCAAAAUGCUCCAGGACACCUGGAUACAAGUCAUGUAUCUUGCUGACAAAGUUAUAGAGAUAUGUAAUAAUACUAUUUACAUAAAUGAAACUCAGUAUGGCAAAUUUGACGUGAACAUUUCAUUUUUUGAGUCGUCAUAUUUCUUGAAACAAGUUUCUGCUUCGCCAUAUUACGUUGACCUAAAUCAGGAUUUGUUUCUUCAAGCAACUCUCUACAGUUCUGAUCCAAAUCUGGUGAUAUUUAUAGACACGUGUGUGGCAUCUCCAUAUCCUGAUGACUUCACAAACCUGACUUAUGAUUUAAUCAAGAGUGGUUGUCCAGUAGAUCCCACCUACAACACAUACUAUUCACCAAACAGCAGCAUUGUUCGUUUCAAAUUUAAUGCCUUCAAGUUUCUGAACAGACAUUCUGAAGUUUACUUGCAGUGCCAGAUGGUUAUAUGCAGCAAAAAUGAUCUUUCUUCUCGAUGCUACCAGGGAUGUCUUGCUAGACACAAAAGGGAUACAAGUUCCUAUCAGAAAAAAAUGGAUGUCAUUGUGGGGCCAGUUCAACUUCAAAGCAAAACAGAGGACACCAAACUGGGUUCAGACAACAACGUGCUUCUGGGAACACAGAAUAUCCACAGCCCGUUUUUUGUUGCCACUCUGUUUUUGGCACUAACUGUGUUGGUUCUUACUGGGAUCCUUUUGAGAAGUAAACUGAAAGGAAGAAAUGAGCAUCAACUACUGUGA